CAUUUGUACGCAAAAAAAACAAUAUGGAAAUACUUUAUUAUGGUUUCAGGAUUAUAUAUAUAUAUGCCUAUAUGGAGAGCCGAAAACAAAGUUAGCACUUCUCUAUCACACACUCAAAAACCCACAAAGAUAACAAAAUGGGCAUAGAGCUUCAGAACCACCAGAGCCACCAGGCGGAAGUCGGCCCUGCGGAAGAGCCGUUGUCGCGGUGGCUGACAAAUACGCCGGCGCCACCAACCAUGUGGCAAGAGCUUGUUGGGUACAUAAAAGCAAACGUGUUGUCCAAGAAGAAUCAUAGAAGGAGCAAGACGAAGAACUCAUCAUCAAACCCGGUUUACUCUUGUCUUAAAUCGGUUUUUCCUAUACUAAGCUGGGGAAAACAAUACAGACUAAACAUGUUCAAGAAAGAUUUGAUGGCUGGUCUCACUCUCGCUAGCCUUUGCAUUCCUCAGAGCAUAGGAUAUGCUAAUUUGGCUGGACUUGAUCCAGAGUACGGUCUUUAUACAAGUGUGGUACCACCUCUGAUAUAUUCUACAAUGGGAAGUUCGAGAGAAUUAGCUAUUGGUCCUGUAGCUGUUGUUUCGCUUCUGCUUUCAUCAAUGGUUCGUGAUCUUCAAGAUCCGGUCACCGACCCAAUUGCUUACCGGAAAAUUAUCUUCACGGUCACGUUUUUUGCUGGCGCGUUUCAAGCCAUCUUUGGACUCUUCAGGCAAAUUAAUUGCAUAGAGAUUCGUUAUUAUUUCAUACAUAUAAAAAAUAACUGGCAACCUCUGAACUUUGUCAUUGGUAGCUCAUUCCUCAUUUUCAUCCUCCUAGCUAGAUUUAUUGGGAAAAGAAACAAAAAACUGUUUUGGAUUCCUGCAAUGGCGCCGCUUAUAUCAGUGAUAUUAGCAACCUUAAUCGUGUAUUUAACCAAUGCUGAGGCACGAGGGGUUAAGAUUGUUAAACACAUUAAACCAGGGUUUAACCAACCUUCGGUUAACCAAUUACAGUUUAACAGUCCACAUCUCGGCCAAGUCGUCAAAAUUGGUCUUAUUUCUGCAAUCAUCGCUCUCACGGAAGCAAUUGCAGUGGGGAGAUCUUUUGCGACAAUAAAAGGAUAUCGUCUAGAUGGGAACAAAGAGAUGAUGGCAAUGGGAUUUAGCAACAUCGCUGGUUCUUUUACAUCUUGCUAUGUAGCAACCGGGUCAUUUUCGAGGACGGCGGUGAAUUUUAGCGCCGGCUGCGAAACGGUGGUGUCGAACAUAGUAAUGGCGAUCACGGUGAUGAUCUCGCUUGAGGUUUUGACAAGGUUUCUCUACUUUACACCGACCGCAAUUCUUGCGUCCAUCAUUCUUUCGGCGCUUCCUGGCCUUAUCGAUAUCUCCGGCGCUUUGCACAUUUGGAAACUCGAUAAGCUCGAUUUUCUCGUCCUCAUCGCCGCCUUCUUCGGCGUCCUCUUUGCCUCCGUCGAGGUCGGCCUUCUCCUCGCCGUGGGGAUAUCGUUUAUGAGAAUUAUUUUGAGUUCAAUAAGACCAAACGCUGAGGCUUUAGGGAGGUUGUCAAGAACAGAUAUUUUCGGUGACAUAAAUCAGUACCCAAUGGCUACCAAGACUCAAGGAUUAUUGACUCUUCGAAUCAGCUCUCCAUUGCUAUGUUUUGCCAAUGCUAAUUUUAUUAGAGACCGAAUAUUGAAUUCAGUUCGAGAAGUAGAAGAAGAGGAAGAUGAACAAGAAGUUAGAAAGGAAAAACUUCUUCAAGUAGUAAUUCUCGACAUGUCUUGCGUGAUGGGGGUAGAUACAUCAGGAGUGGUCGCACUUGAAGAAUUACAUCAAGAGCUGGCUUCUAAUGACAUCCGGUUAGUGAUUGCUAGUCCGAGAUGGAGGGUACAUCACAAAUUGAAGCAAGCAAAAUUGGAGGAGAAACUGAAAAAUGAAAACAUAUUUAUGACAGUAGGAGAAGCCGUAGAUGUUUAUGUAAGAGCAAGGUCUACGUCGCAGGAUAUGUGUUGAUAUGUGAUAUGAGAAAAUCAUUUAUAAAAUAAUGUAAGAUUUGUAACAUAGAAAGCUUAAACGAGACUCGAAGCACAAAUUUCAAUGCAUAAAACUUAGUAAAAUUUCAAUCUAAUGACAUUGUGUGACUUCGAGAUCUUUGCUUUUUUGUUUGUACGGACGUAUAUGGAAUCAACGUCUUAAUUAUAUAUAUGGACAUGUCAAAUUUUAACU